AUGAAAGGAAGGAAGGGGAGAUUUGCUAAUGAUAGGGCCUUGGUAUUUGCAGAGGAGGAGGGAACUGUGUAUGGACAAAUAAUAUGCCCUCUUGGCCAAGGACAGUUCAAGGUGAGUUGUUCUGAUGGUGUCUAUAGAACGGCAAAAGUCCGUGGAAGAGAUUACAGGCGUGUCAGAAUGGUGCCUGGCGACAUAGUUCUGCUGCGUGUCAGGGACGGCGACGAAAAGAGGGCAGAUAUCGAUAGGAAAUACAUGCCAAAGGAGGUUAAGAUACUGAAAGAAGAUGGAGAAAUAAACGAUGAUUCCUUUGCUGCCAACGAUAAAGGCAGCGGAUUAGUUGAGUUUGAAGAGUUUCUUUAG